CUUUAGUCUGUCACACUGAUUUUCCAUUUUGUUGUACCGAUAACUUUUAUUGUAAAAAUUUACAAAUAGUACAUACGUUUUGAUAAAGAAUAAACUAAACAUGGCUUUACACAUACCUAAGGCGCCCGGUGUACCGCAAAUGCUCAAAGAAGGGGCACGGAUGUACUCCGGCCUCGAAGAAGCAGUAUUCAGAAAUAUCACAGCUUGUAAACAAUUCGCACAAAGUGUGCGGUCGGCCUAUGGCCCAAAUGGUAUGAAUAAGAUGAUUAUCAACCACAUCGAAAAACAAUUCAUAACCAGCGAUGCCGGAACUAUCAUCAGAGAACUGGAUGUUGAGCACCCAGCUGCAAAACUUAUGGUUCUUGCCAGCCAAAUGCAAGAUGCCGAAGUCGGUGAUGGAACAAACUUUGUCAUUGUCCUAUCUGGCGCUCUCCUGGAAUCAGCAGAGGAAUUACUUCGUCUUGGAGUAACCACAAGUGAGAUUGCAGAGGGAUAUGAAAAAGCCCUUGAUAAGUGCCUAGAAAUCCUUCCCGAACUUGUCUGCUAUGAAAUCAAAGACUGCAAAAGUGUUGAGGCUGUCAUUAAAGGAAUAAAACCUUCAAUCAUGUCAAAGCAAUACGGCAAUGAAGACUUUAUUGCAGAGCUUGUGGCUAAGGCCUGUGUUGGAAUCUUACCAGAGAAGACUACUUUCAAUGUGGACAAUGUUAGAGUUUGUAAAAUUUUGGGAGCCGGUCUGUUCCAGUCUGAAGUUCUUUCUGGAAUGGUGUUCAAACGUGAAGUUGAAGGUGACAUAACAGGCGCCAGCAAAGCUAAAGUAGCUAUUUACUCCUGCCCAGUGGACAUCACGCAGACAGAGACUAAAGGAACAGUCCUUAUCAAGACUGCUAAUGAAUUGUUGAACUUCAGUAAAGGGGAAGAGUCUCUUCUUGAGAAACAAAUCAAAGAGAUUGCUGACACUGGAGUCAAGGUUGUGGUCGCUGGUGCUAAGUUUGGAGAUAUGGCUCUACAUUUCCUAAACAAAUAUGGACUGAUGGCUGUACGAUUGAAUUCAAAGUUUGAUUUGCGUCGUCUUGCCAAAACUGUAAAUGGCACUGUCCUACCACGUCUUACCACUCCAACUGCACAAGAGCUUGGUUACUGUGAUACAGUGAAGGUUGACGAAGUGGGUGAUACCAGAGUGGUUGUGUUCAGUAUGGAUAGCAAGGAGUCCCGCAUUUCCACCAUUGUUAUCAGAGGUUCCACCGACAACUACAUGGAUGAUAUUGAGAGAGCCAUUGAUGAUGGUGUGAAUGCUUUCAAGGGAAUGGCAAGAGAUGGAAGAUUUGUACCUGGUGCAGGAGCCACAGAGAUCUAUUUGGCUCAGAAACUACUUCAAUACGCCGACACAUUGCCAGGUCUCGAGCAAUACGCCGUUAGAAAGUUCGCCAUCGCUUUAGAAGGCAUCCCGCGUGCCUUAGCUGAAAAUACUGGGUCAAAUGCCACAGAAGUGAUAAACAACAUCUACAAAGCACAAAAGGACGACAAGAAUGCCGGUUACGACAUUGAAUCCGAAAACAAUGGAGUUUGUAAUGCACUAGAGAAAGGUGUGUUAGAUUUAUACAUUCUUAAAUAUUGGGGAAUGAAGUAUGCUGUUGGUGCUGCAACCACAAUCUUAAAAGUUGAUCAAAUUAUCAUGGCCAAGAGAGCGGGAGGACCGAAACCGAAAGCUAAAGGCCAGGACAGCGACGACGAAUCUUAAUAAUACGCUUUAUAUUAAAUAUUUUAAUAUAGUAUUUGCUAGAUAUAAAAAAAAUUGCUACUUACUACUUUGCUUUAACACAUUUAUUUUUAAUAAAACAUCGCAUUUAGUUUUUCCACUGUUAUUUGAAUAUAGAUUCAAAUGUAUGUACUAAAAGUUUUCAUUAAGGAAAACAUAAUAUUAUUAAAAUAAAUAUUUAAUUUAACA